CCGCCCCGCUUCAUUCCUGCGUUGUUUGGGGACAGUAGGAAGAUGGCGGCGGCCCCGCUGUACUGUGUCUGCCGGCAGCCCUACGAUGUGAGCCGGUUUAUGAUCGAAUGCGACAUCUGUAAAGACUGGUUCCACGGCAGCUGUGUGCAGGUAGAAGAGCAUCAUGCUGUGGAUAUUGAUGUUUACCACUGUCCCAACUGUGAUGUUAUACAUGGACCCUCCCUGAUGAAAAAGCGCAACAACUGGCAUCGGCAUGAUUACACAGAGCCAGAUGAUGGAACGAAACCAGUGCAAGCUGGCACCCCAGUGUUUGUCAAGGAGCUGCAGACCAGGACCUUCGCCAGUGGUGAGGAGAUUAUGAUGCAGAUGAAGGGUGAGCAGGUGACGCGCCGGUACCUGGAGAGGCACGGUUUCAACUACCCCAUCGUAGUCACUGAGAUGGAGGGUCUGGGGCUGAAGCUACCUGCUCCUACUUUCUCCGUCAAAGAUGUGGAGCAGUAUGUGGGUGGUGACAAAGUCAUUGAUGUGAUUGAUGUGGCACGUCAGGCUGACAGCAAGAUGAAGCUCAGUGAGUUUGUCAAGUAUUACACCAACCCUCAUCGACCCAAGGUCCUCAACCUCAUCAGCCUGGAGUUCUCUGACACUAAGAUGUCAGAGUUGGUGGAAGUUCCUGAUGUGGCUCAGAAGAUGUCCUGGGUUGAGAACUAUUGGCCAGAUGACUCCUUCUUCCCAAAGCCCUUUGUUCAGAAGUACUGUCUUAUGGGGGUCAAAGACAGCUACACAGAUUUCCACAUAGACUUUGGAGGCACCUCUGUCUGGUACCAUGUUCUCUGGGGUGAGAAGAUUUUCUACCUAAUCAAGCCCACCCCCACCAACCUUGCACUAUAUGAGGCAUGGAGCUCCUCGCCCAAUCAGAGUGAAGUGUUUUUUGGGGACAAAGUGGACAAGUGUUACAAGUGUGUUGUUACCCAAGGAACCACCCUGCUCAUCCCUACAGGCUGGAUCCAUGCUGUUCUCACCUCUCAGGAUUGCAUGGCAUUUGGAGGAAACUUCCUUCACAACCUCAAUAUCGGCAUGCAGCUCAGGUGUUAUGAAAUGGAGCGCCGCCUGAAAACACCAGACCUCUUUAAGUUUCCAUACUUUGAGGCCAUUUGUUGGUAUGUGGCCAAGAAUCUCUUGGAAACCUUAAAAGAGCUUCGAGAGGACAACUGUCCGCCGCCAACCUACUUGGUAGAGGGAGUCAAGGCUUUAAUCACUGCACUGAAGACUUGGUUGAAAAGAGAGGUGACUGAGCCCACUAGUGAAGUACCAGACAAUAUCAGGCCAAACCAUCUCAUUAAAGAGCUGACCAAGGAAAUCCGCUACCUCGAGGAGGAACCAGGAAAUGGUAGCAAACUAGUGAAAUCUCAGGGAAGUGGGUGUGCAGUAGGAUCUGGAUCAAAUGGGUGUCCAGCCACUCGUUCCACACUGGAGAGGCUAUGCCAGGCCCGGCGGGCGAGGCGAGCUGCCAGGCGGUUGAGGGAGCAGCAGCGGCAAGCCCCGAAGGUUCCCUCCAAUCUGGACAUCUUAGAGCAGCACACCAGAGAGGUCCUGAAAAGGCUGGAGGUGGGCCCACUUGAGGAGGAUCCAGCGUUCUGUGCCAAGGUUCACGGGAAACUCAACAAAGCAUCAACUGCUUCGGCAGCUGCUGCUGCAGAGUCAUUAGAGGAUAACCAUCUACGGCUAAUGCUGGUUAAUGGCAGAAUCAUCAGAGAUAUGAGGCGGCCAGGUACCAGCCCAGUGAAAACAGAGGGUGAAAGGCCAUCUGUUGGCCAAGGCCCACCAAAGAGUUGUGUGGAUAUCAAGUCAGAGAGGACACAGGAAAGUCAAGAGCGGUACAAUGUGGUGGAGAAAACCACACUGCUCAGGGGUCUGGAGAGGAUGAAAACUGAACUCAGGGAAGAAGCCUCAGGACACUCAAGUGUGUCAGACAUGGAGUCAGACAGUGACUUCCCCACAGAGGGUAAAGUGUCAUCGUCAUCACCCUCCUCUGAUGAGGAUUCAGAGAGUUCCCAGGAGGAGGAAGAGGAGAGGGGCUCAUCUCAGCAGAAAGGUUCAGGGCACACCAUAGAACUGGACCAGUCUGGUCAGAAUCUCAGGCACAAACACAAACCACUCAAACGAGAACGUCCUACCUCACCCAGCACAGAAGAGGCCAUUCAGGGGAUGCUGUCUAUGGCUGGUCUGCUGUGUUCCUCCGAGCCGGAGAAGGUAGCCUCGUCCCAGGAGCCCUGGUGGUCCAGCCCCAGUCGGUGUUUGCCGCUGGAACAGAGGGAACCCGGGGAGCGUCAGCACCGACUGCAGGGGGACAAGAGCCCUAUGGACAGCCAGGGAAACAGCAGCAGUGAAGCCUGGGACAAUCAGGGGCUCCCCAGCCCUCUCAACCGGAGCCACGUCACCAGCCCAGAGACAGAUUACCAAUACUGUGACCCCUCAAUGUCUCCACCACUGCACCCCUCCAAGAGACACGCACCAAACCCCCCACCAAUAAGCAAUCAGGCAACAAAAGGCAAGCGGCCCAAAAAAGGAAUGGCCACUGCCAAGCAGAGACUGGGGAAGAUCCUGAAACUCAACAGACACAGUCGCGUCUUUGUAUAACACUUCAAAACAUUAGAGGCAAACUGAGAAGCGGGGGAGUAUUCUUGAAGAAAAAAAAUGAAGCGUUUGUGUAUUUGUUACCAGACACUUUUGUGCUGUAGAAAUGGGGGAAAAAAAAAGAAGACACUGCCUGGAGAUGACCGUAACUGAAAGAAUCUCGACACGUAAAAAGAACACGCAAACCGUGCAUGCUUAGGAGACAGGGUAUUGUAUUUGAAACAAGCAAAUGCACGACUUCAUUACAAGCACACUAAGAACAGAACAAAAAGGAGAGCUAUGGGACACGGAGAAGACAAGCAUGGUUCGAUAUUUUAUGCUGCAGGGAUCAGCGGGCUGCAUUUACAUGAACAACGGGGAUUUAGGAAUUUUACCAAACAACCAACAGAAAUGCUUGCUUUGUGCGGAGAUGGUGAGAUAACUACAGCUUCUGAUGCCAAGACAUCUGCAUCACAUUUUUUAAUGUUUCCUCUGCUGAACACAGUCCUCCAUCCCAUUUGCUUGAUGGUUAUCUGCGAUGAGUUGAACUGGAGAAAACGAAGCAGAGGCUGGUUUGGGACACUGGCUCUCUGAUUUGUGUCAGUAUCUGACAGGGUCUUCCUCUGGCCCCGGGGAAAUCGAGGUGCUAAGGAGGCAGUGAACUGAUAUUUCAAAAUGGUGCUUAUUGUGUGUAUUUUCCUUCUCUCACGCUUGUCCCUUCCAGUCCUCACCUCCCUUUAUCUCAAUCACACCAGCAAUAAUGACUUCGAGGAGAGGAAAGACUACAUAUGAGGCAGCACUUUGGUGCCGUCUUUCCUUUUGUUUGUGUCUUUUUAUUGAGUUGGAGAUAUUUUUUGUAGAAAAAUCUAAGUGGGUGUGUUACAGACUUGCACAAUUUAGUGCAAAAUAUACUCUGAUACCUGCACUGUCGUUUCAUAACCAGAAUGGGGGCCUGUCUUUGUGAACAAUGUUCGGCUAAAGGGAAGUCAACGCUCAAAGUGCUGCCUCUCAGUGAAUUAGUUUGAGAUGGGAUUUAACGAGUCAUUCAUUAGGUCUAAAAAAACUGAAGAUGAGAAAUGACUCGCAUGAUAUCCUGCUUAAUUUAUUUCUUGUUUUAUC